AUGCAUCGCCAAUCGGCAGCUUUCCUGUUGAUUUUCAUCAAAUUUCAUGUGUCAUGCUUCGAUUUACGAUUUCUCCUAGAGAAGACCAAGCAACCGGUAGCCAUUGAAAUACCUACAAGUGUUCCCAAUUAUACAGAGAGUUACUGGUCAGAAUGGAAAGAGGUCCUUUCAUGCAAUGCUGAAUGCGGUUCCUGUGGAUCACAAGUCUUCCGUCGUACCUGUAUCGGUGCUUUACCCUGCAGGGGCAACUCCAGAAAAGAAGAACGAUGCAACAUUCAAGUAUGUGACUACCCGAAACCAGCAUGCUGUCCGCCUUACAAACUGAUGCUGAUUGAAGGGGAGUUCGCUUGUGGACCUCAGAAGGAGAAUGUCGUCUCUGCAUUUGUUGCCCAACUCCAAACGAAACCACAGCAGCGAAUGAAAUCUCCCUCAGAGCUACCUUCCGAAGUGAGCUACAACUUUUCUCUCUUUGAUGACUGGAAAUUGCUAAGAAGUAUUUGGAUCUAA